UACAUAAAUAAAAUUUCUAUCAGUCUUUACCUAACGAGGUGCCGCAGCGGCAGCAAGCAGCGCCCCAAGCGCGUCGAUGCAGUCCGACAGGGCAACGACGACGUCGAGCCCCGGGUCGGCGCUCGUCUGGCGGCGCUCGGCGGCGUUGUUCGCCAUCGACGGCCCGCCCGGCACGACAAAGAUCAAACCAGUCGCCGUCAGGGCGCCGACGGCAGCGGUGGAAAGCUCGGACGGCCGGUCGGCGGCGGUCUGGGCGCGGGCGAAUGCGCGGCUCGCCCGCGAGAGCGCCUCCUGCGCGACGAAGGCGUCCGGCGCGGAGUCAACCAGCACGGUGCCCGAAAGCCGCAGCGUCCGCUCGGUCACGGUCUCGCGCAGCCGCGAAAAGACGGCGUCGCCGGGGUCGCCUUGCUCCGCCGCCCGCCGCGCGUCGCGCAGCGCGUCCACAGCCUCCGCGACGGCGCUACGCGCCGCGGCCACGUCGCCCGGCAGCGCGUCGGGGUCGCGCGUCGGCUUCACGUACACCAUGUUUCCCGUCUCCCAGAACUGGCCCUUGAGAUUGAGCGGGUUGAACGGCUUCUCGGCGCACGCCGGCAACGCGGCGGCCGCGGUCGCGGCAGCGGCGGCCUCGCAGAGCGUGCGCCGCGCCAUCGGUGCGAGAGCUGUCGUCGUCUGGAGUGCCACGAGGAAUAAACUCGUGCGGAGCAGCAUGGCUGCAGGCUGGUGCAGCUGGGCUGGUGCUGCACGCAAAAGCACAGCCAACAAGAGUCGCUAAUUGAACUAUCGCUGCUGCAGCUCGGAUUGGAGCACCCAGGCUGCUAAAAUCAUGG